UUUCCGCGAAUUCGUAUUUUCACUCCUGAACAACAUGAUUUAAAAAAUAUUUUGGCAAAUGGCAAAGUCUACAAAACUCUGUCCACAGAUUUUAGUUCUGGGAACAGAAAACUGUAUUGAGAUCAAAUGUUUCAUCGAUGAGAAAAUGAGCAGAAGCGGAUGCUUCACAUUUAUACAUCAAGUAAAAUAUAUAUCUCAUUGUUCUAUCUGUGACAUUCCUGUUACGGAAGCGGUAAAUCAAAAACGGCUGCCAUCAGGAAAUAGAUAUCGGGAACCGGACCGGCUAAAUGGAGAACAGCGCAGGGGACACUGUACAACAACGCCACGAUGAUACACAAAGUAAUUUAUCCAGCGACAUGGAUGACACCUGCGUGUUCUGUAUGAUUUCUGAAAACCAAGACAAAGACACAGAAAUUGUUAAACAGGAUUCUGAACUAGUCUGCUUUCGGGACAUUAACCCCGCUGCACCACAUCACUACCUGGUUGUGCCAAAAAAACAUAUAGUGAGCUGCUUUUCUCUCUUUAAGGAGCACGUAAAGCUAGUUGAGAGGAUGGCUGAGAUGGGAAGGGCUGUGUUGCAGGAAAAUGGCAUUGUCAAUCCAAAUGACAUCAGGAUGGGGUUCCACAGACCUCCAUAUAUCUCUGUACCUCACCUCCACCUCCAUGUCCUCGCCCCGACAAGUGAGAUCACUGACGACAUGGCACACAAGUUCACACCAGGCACAAUGAGGUUCGUCACAGAGGAUUUAUUGCGCAGGACCCUGGUCAGUGGAGUGGAUCCAGAUCAUUAUCUGAUGCUGACAUGCAUCAGUGGGAGAGGGCUCUCUGAAUGAAAACAGACUAUACUAUCAAAGAAUAUCAAUACCUUUGUAUAUUAAGACAUCUGCUCCAUUUAUUUUUUUACUCUGAAAUUCACAAAAUAAUUAAUAAACCUGAUCAGUUC